AUGGCAUCGGGCGAGCACUACCGCGACAACAAGGGCGACUCGUCGGCCAGCGACAGCGACGCCGACCUGACCGACGACCUCGGCGGCGCGCGCGAGGCGUUCGAGGACGAGCGGUCGCAGCGCAGAGCUCGCCAGGCGGCGAGGCAGGCGCGCUCGCGGCAGGACGAGAAGGAGGAAAAGCCUGUGAGGGUCAUGCGCAGCCUCGGGCUGAACAAGACGACGAUGCACAAGCUCCUGCACCCGCACAGCAGCCAGGGUAGCGGCACCGACGACGAGUCGCUGCUCGCGCAGCAAAAGCGCGCUCGCGACGACCCCGAGGCCCAAGCGCCCGCUCGCCGCAGGGCUUCGGCCGCGGCUGCGGCCUCGCCGCGUCGCCGCGUCUACAUCGCCGUCGUCGUCUUGUGCCUCGUCAUCCUCAUCGGCAUCGGCGCUGUGCUCGGCGUCCUGUACGCCAAGCGCACGCAGGAGCGGGCGGCGAGCGAGGCGGCCGACAGCCAGCGCAUGGCCGACAAGGCGGCGCUCGACGCCCAGGGCGAGGCGAUGCAGAGCUCUCUCGGCAUGGCGUCCGGCGGCCCACACGGGACGGCCACGACGGGCGCAGCUGCGCACGGCUUGGCGACGACGCCGCUGGACGCCGCGCUCCCGAGCCCGACGGGCGCCAUGCAGCGCUUUCCUGAGCUGCAGGCGCUCUUUGCCGCCAACCAGGAGUGGGUCAACGAGACGAUGGCGACCGACCCGACGCUCAUCCCUUCGCUCGCCAAGGCGCAGAAGCCGAAGCUCGCCUACGUCGGCUGCUCCGACUCGCGCGUGCCCGAGACCACCAUCCUUCACACCAAGCCGGGCGAGCUCUUUGUCACUCGCAACAUCGGGAACCAGUACCUCGUCGACGACCUGUCGAGCGAGACGGUCCUCAGCUACGCCGUCGCCCACGUCGCCGUCCAGCACAUCAUCGUCAUGGGCCACACGUCCUGCGGCGCCGUCAAAGCGGCAAUCGCCGACUCGAGCGACGAGGUCCUGACCAACAUGGACGAGACGCGCAUCGACACCUGGCUGCGCCCGAUCCGCUCGCUGUACGCGACCUCGACCCGCCCCGAGAUCGCCUCGUUCCGCAACGCGCACAAGGACAAGAAGGUGACGGGCGACGACGUGACGAGCGAGGUGUGGCGGGCCGUCGUCGAGGAGAACGUCAAGCUGAACGUGCAGCGCGUCGCCGUCGACUCGACCGUGCAAAGGUCAUGGGCCAAGUGGAGCGAAGGAAAGCAUGCGUCGUCGAUUGUCGCAUCCGGCGCCGCCUCGUCGACGAGCAUGCAAGGUCAUCGACUCGUCCGGCGUGCGUCAGAGGAGCCUGUCGAGCUCUGGGUUCACGGAUGGCUCUACGACCUCGACACCGGGCUCGUCCAGGACUUGGGUGUUUCGGUCGGGCCGAGCGCAUAG